AUACGCUGUCACAUAACUCUUUUUUUUUAGAGUCACCACACAGGGUUUGGUUCCCAGAAGAAACUGUGAGCAGUAAAAUGGCAUGGUCUAACAUAGGUAUUAUCCUGAUGGUAUGUUUAUUAAAGAAUUCAUCUUGUUCAGAAGUACUGAACACCACAAUCACUACAGAAUUUGUUAGGCAACCCACAGUUCUGCAAGAUGUGUCUGCUGCCAAAGAUUUCAUUAGUUCAAAUGAAUUUGCUAUUGUAGCAUUUGUUACGGAUUCCGAGGAGCCGGAAGUAAAGCAUUUUUAUACUCUUUGCAAGAAUCAUCCGGAAUGGGACUUUGCAAUAAGCACUAGUCCAGAAGUCUUACAACAUUUUAAAAUUGAAAGCACCUCGUUGACUUUUUUUAGACAGGUGGACAAUACCAGAACCGAUUUAGUAUUAAAGGAAUACCAACAAAUAGAUACAGCCAAAAUGUAUCGAUUUCUCUCUAUAAAUGAGUUGAGAUGGGUGACGUCAUACAACUCGGUGACAGCAGUGGGGGUGAUGGCUUCUGAAAUCCAGGACCAUCUGCUACUCUUUGUAAACAACAAACUGGAGAAUGAAGAGGAGACACUCAAAGAAUUCCGUGAAGCAGCAAAAGAACUGCAAGGACAGGUUCUUUUUGUGAAGGUGGAUGCUUCGUUGAAAAGCAAUGAGAGAUCCAUGGCUUAUUUCAAGCUCCAAAAGAAUGAUCUCCCCAAGGUUGUAAUCUAUAACACUGAAAACGAAACCAAACAAUUCUUUAAAGAUGAUGAAUUCACUGCCGAAAGGCUCAAAACAUUUUGCCUUGGCUUCUUGUCUGGGGAUAGUAUUGAUGAAGAUUCAGAGAAGAAUGAAGCAAAAACAGAGUUAUAAUUUAAAAAAAAAAAUCAAUUCUUUAUCUUUAGAACAUUUUUGGAAGUUUAAGUAAAUAUUUUGUGUUUACAGUAAUAAAAAGAUUUUUAGUAUA